UAUAUUAAUAAUGAAUUGAGCUUUUUGGCUGCUGUUAUUGAAGACUUUAUUGUUUAUCAAGUAAGACAAUAUUGAGAGGAGGGUCAUAAAAUGUAGAAGUUACUAAUUUUUAAUGUCUUCUAUGGCAAGGUAACUUCUAGAUUUCGAGCUGGGUAUCAGUUGUCUUUAUUUAAUAUCCAUUAAAUGCAAUACUGUUCUACAACUUGCUGAGAAUUAUACUAUUGCUGCUGUAUGCCUAAGUUCUUGAAGUAUCUUUGGUUUUGGACACAACUGGCACUUUGUAUGGUGUAUGUUUGUGCAUAACAUGGAUGACUGAAAAUCAGGGAUGUUUUCUAAGGAGAUUAGCAAGGGAGAUAAUGUGGAGAACUAGGAUUGACUAGUUCUCAGACCAGUCAAAUGGGUUUUUAUUUUUGAUAUAACAGAAAAUUGUAUACCAUUAUUGGAGAAGAAAUUAGGAAUUGAUGUGCUUUAUCUAGGUCUUUGUCUAUUGAAUGAACAGUAGAGGAUUAUCUGAUAGUUUCUUAAUUGCCUUUCCAGCAAGUUGUGUGAUUGGCCCUUGAUGAAGGUCAUUCUCUUAGCCUAACAGACUCUCAGGGUCAAAGGUGUGACCUCACAGAAAGAUUUAAAAAUUUCCCAUUACCAAAGAAGUAGGACUUUUUUUAAAAAAAAAAUAGUAAGAGUGUCUUUGAUGCUCCCCAAAUAUAUCUACAGGUGUGGGAAGAAAUCUUUACAAGCUCAAAUUCUCCAGUUUCUAUGCAAUUAUAAACUUUGCAAUGUUGACUUGAACAUUCUAAAAAGUAGCAUUAGAAGUAGUAUCUCUCUAAGAAUUAUUCUUAAUGGCAUAGCUACCAUUAUUCAUUGACAAGUGAUUUAGCAGAGACCUGUUGCAUUUCAGAUGACAGAUUGGUUCUAUGGGAGAAUACAAAUAUAAAUCAGACAGGUUCUGCUUUAAUUGGGAAAUGUUUUAGUUUAACUCAUGUAGUACAUAAGUCUCAUAUUUGAAGAAUUGUGAGGAGCAUUUAAAAAUCAUGACUGAUGAUAUCAUAAACACAAUGAAACAAUUAUUAGCACCUCAUAUUUACAAAGCUCUGUGCCAGUUUGGGUCUUGAAAGGGCCUGGGAUUUCAUCUCAAUUGCUAAUGAUGAAAGCACAGAUCCAAGGACUCUGAAGAAAGGCACAAAGGGCCACAAGAAUAUAAUUUAGAACCUAUUGUUGAACAAAGAGAAUGUAGGUAUACCAGAAUGCACAAUCAAGAUAGUGUGAUACAGUUUCAUAUUUAGAUAGAUGAAAACUGGUUAAUUGUUUUAUGACAUAAUAUAAUACAUUGAAACUAGAACACAUCUUGGAUGUCGAGAGGAAGAGUUAGAAUCCUGCCACAACCUCUGUGAACCCAAUUCCCAGAUAUACAAAAUUCUCAUGGUAGUGAUCAUGGCACUUUUUAACGGUGUGAUUAAGAUGAAAUGCCAUAUGGAAUGAAUGUAGCAUCUUGUCUGACUUAAAACUAGUACUUAAAUAUAUAAUAAUUUUUUUGCUCAUUGUACGUUGGUUCAAAAAACAGCCUACUACAAGCUACUAUACACAAUACAUGCCACUGGAUUUCUCUACUUUCUAUUCCCAUUCCAUACUCUGGUCCUGUCCCCUUGUGUAACUUAACAGCCUCUUCUAAGACUCUUUCUGCUCUUCGUCACCUCUAACUAAUUUCCCAUACAAGAAAGAGUCUGUGUGAUUUUUAAAAACAUAUAAUUCAAUCAUAUUUUUCCUUACUUCAUGCUUUGAUGGUGUGUCAAUAUUUGUGGGGUACAGGUCAAACUCCUUACUGCAGCCUGUGUUCAUGUCAGAACUAAAUUUAGUAUCAAAGAAAAAACUCAGGGACUGGCGAAUAUAAGGAAAAUGCUGUCUUAUAUGCUCACUUUUGCAGAGUCUCCUUAAUGAAGUACUACAGACUAGUAGAUAAUAUGACAGAUAUUAGUUUUUUCACAGCUUUGGGGGUAUCAAGACAUCAGUAAGCUUGGUCUGUUGGCCUGGAGAAGGCAUCUCCUCUGUGUCUGUAUAUGGUUCUUUCUCGGUGAGUUUCUGUGUUCUAAUCUCUUUUGGUAAAGCCAUCAAUCACUCAUAUUGGAUUGAGUACCGUUAAAAAGAUCUCAUUUUAAUGCAAUUACAUUUUUAGAGAAUUAUCUCUAAAAAUAGUUGUUAGAAGAUACUGAGAGUUAGGAAUUCAACAUGUCAAUGUGAGGGGAAUAUAAUGUAGUCCACAGCAAUCUUCUUUUCCAUCUCUGGUCCAUUUGCUGUCACUCUGCAAUUCCUACUGCUUGUUGUUUAAACAGUAUUCACUGUAGCAUAUGUUAUAAAUGUGUUACUUAAAAGAUGCCAUUAAAACAUGGUGGGCCAGUCAGGAGUAGGUGGAUGCUCUGUCCAUGGUACCUGGGAAACUCCUCUAGAACCUGGCAUGUAACUUAUUGAAUGGAUAGCCUAAAAAAAAAUCCCUUUACCAGUCAGGUACACUUAGAAUCUCAAUCUUAAAGUGCAGUGUAAUAUUAUAAGCAAAUACCAGAUAAUGUCAUACACAAAAACUGAGAUUAUAAUUCUGAACAUAGAACAGUAUUUUGGAACUAUUGCAAAUGUAGUAGAAUUUAGGUAGAUAAUAACUUUGAAAUGUACUUUAUGAUCAUGGGACAUUACAGCCACAGAACUAGCACAGGCUCACACAGUUUGCAAUAUAUUAAUAAGAAAAACUAUCGUCCCCAUGCUUCUCCUGCACAUCCGCAUCACACUCGCUCUCUUGACUCAUCUGUGGUGUCAGUAUUUCAACAAAAACUAUUGUAAAUAUUGUAUAGAAAAUAGCUUUAGUGGAUGUUGGUAAGCAACAGCAAACUGGACAGUUUCCUUUUGAAACAUUCUAGAAAACUGCUAAUCGUCAGGUGCAACCUUGUUCCUACUAAGUCUGCAGAUCUGAUGGUUUGCCCAAGAAUCUGCACUUAACCCAUCUGUCCAGGUCAUUCUCCUAUAACUUUUGAGCAGCACUAUAUUAAAUCUAUCUUCAAAAUAAUGUUUGCCUUACCAAGAAUCUGGUAAAACAGCUUAUUUGUCAGGACACUAUCAACCCUAGUUGUUUAUGUAAGCUUGUCUCCCUGAACGCUCUCUGGUAAUCACAGGAUUUCUUCUUUCUGACACCUUUGCAAUUGUUUCUAAGAAAAUGACAGUGGUUUUGAGAAAAUUUGAGUAAUAUUUCUGUCUCCUUGAGUUAAAAAAGUUAGGAAGUAUUUGCUUCCUGAAUUAGUUGUUUCUGUACAAAUUUGGUUUUAAUGAGCUUAUUAUGACCAUUUGUUGUUGAUUCUAGUUUCUAGUUUCUCAUUCAAUCCAAAACUUAAUUAACUUCUACCCUUUGAAAGAGGUGCUUUUAUAUGUUGUAAAAAUAAAAGCACGUGCUGUAAUUUUGUUCUUAUUUUACUUCCAAAACCCAUGUUUCUUAGGACACUCAUUCUACAAAUAAUUUCUCAUUCUUCCUCAUUCUCUCUGUCUUUGUGUGGCCCAGUCAUUAGUCUAUGGAGGGAGAAAUGUUUAGAUUCAUUUUCUUGAGGCUGAAUUCAGGUUUAUAGCCUUAAGUGACACCAAUCUCACUUUGACAUUUUGGCAUAAACCCAAUUUCCCAACCUGCGUCCAAGUGAUAUUCUAUUUUAAUAGCAGAUGCUAUAGUAUCCAGUUAUAGAUUAUGUAGCCUCUGGCCAUGCAGCAUUAUAAACCAUCAUUUAAGGAUACACUGUUUAGGGAGCAAUAAUUUUUAUACUUUUAUGAGUGGUAAAAUGCUGAAUUACCUAUAAUAACUACUGUUACAACUGAACACAUUAUGAACAUAUUAUGUCCUUAGAAAGUGAUUUACAGCUAAUACAUUUAAUACUUGUUAAAAUCUUUGCAUUUGAAGGUGCAUUACCAGACUAAAGUUGUUCAACCAGGCAGGAUUAUGAGUUAAAUCUGAACUAUGGAAAUUGACAGGUUUAAAGCUAUACCUGGAGAAGGGUGCUAUUUUUUGCCUGUUUUCUGUGUCAACAAUACUGGCAUCAUGCCCCUACCUUUCCCUCUGGUCUAAACGUGCACAUGCUUGCUUACUCGUGAUCAAGAUUUAUUUGGACAGUGAAGAAUCUCAGCAGCAGCUGAGGGAAACUAACACGGAAUGAGCUUUUGCAUGAAGGAGCCACUGUGCUCAGCAUUCCAUUUGAUUGCUAUAAAAAUUCUGUGAGACAGGUGUGGGUGCUGCAAUCAAGCAUGCGGUUAAGCAACUUGCUGAAGAGCGCACAGCCAACAGGUGGUGCAGCAUGAAUGGCUGUCACUGACAGAAGACCUUGUUUUGGAUCCCAAUCACCAGUGGAUGGUGUUCCUAUUGUUAAAGGUCCUGUUACAGAAGUGAAAACUGACAUAUAUGUCACCAGCUUUGGACCUGUUUCUGAUGUUGAAAUGGAAUACACAAUGGAUGUGUUCUUCAGACAGACGUGGAUUGACAAAAGACUAAAAUAUGAUGGCCCCAUUGAAAUUUUGAGGUUGAACAAUAUGAUGGUCACCAAAGUUUGGACCCCUGAUACUUUCUUCAGGAAUGGAAAGAAAUCUGUCUCACAUAACAUGACAGCUCCAAAUAAGCUUUUUAGAAUUAUGAGAAAUGGCACUAUUUUAUACACAAUGAGACUCACCAUCAGUGCGGAGUGUCCCAUGAGACUGGUGGAUUUCCCUAUGGAUGGUCAUGCCUGCCCUUUGAAAUUUGGGAGUUAUGCGUAUCCCAAGAGCGAGAUGAUCUAUACCUGGACCAAAGGCCCUGAGAAGUCAGUGGAGGUCCCCAAGGAGUCUUCUAGCUUGGUUCAAUAUGACCUGAUUGGACAGACUGUAUCCAGUGAGACUAUCAAAUCUAUUACAGGUGAAUACAUUGUUAUGACAGUUUAUUUCCACCUCAGACGGAAGAUGGGCUAUUUUAUGAUUCAGACAUAUAUCCCAUGCAUUAUGACAGUGAUCCUUUCUCAAGUUUCCUUCUGGAUAAAUAAGGAGUCUGUUCCAGCUAGAACUGUAUUUGGAAUAACGACAGUCCUCACGAUGACUACCCUAAGCAUCAGUGCCCGACAUUCUUUGCCCAAAGUGUCCUAUGCGACUGCAAUGGAUUGGUUCAUAGCUGUCUGUUUUGCUUUUGUGUUUUCGGCUCUUAUUGAGUUUGCUGCUGUCAACUAUUUCACCAACAUUCAAAUGCAGAAAGCCAAAAAGAAGACAUCAAAGCCUCCUCCAGAAAUUCCAGCUGCUCCAGUGCUGAAAGAAAAACAUCCAGAAGCUUCUCUUCAGAAUACACAUACCAAUUUGAAUAUGAGAAAAAGAACAAAUGCCUUGGUCCACUCAGAAUCUGAUACCAACAGCAGAACUGAGGUGGGAAACCAUUCCAGCAAGACCUCCACAGUCCAAGAGCCUGCUGAAGCCACAAGGAAAGAGUACUUAGCUUCCAGUCCAAAUCCAUUCAGCAGGGCAAAUGCAGCUGAGACAAUAUCCGCAGCAAGAAGUCUUUCAUCUGCACCCUCUCCCACUCCUUGUGGCACAUCGAGACCAGCUUCUUUGGGGUCGACUUCUACUCGACCUGCAUUUGGGUCGAGACUUGGGCGAAUUAAGACCACAGUUAAUACCACAGGGGCACCUGGGACUGUGCCAGCCACACCUCCUCCCUCUGCUCCACCACCGUCUGGAUCUGGCACAAGUAAAAUAGACAAAUAUGCUCGUAUUCUCUUCCCAGUCACAUUUGGGGCAUUUAACAUGGUCUACUGGGUUGUCUAUUUAUCGAAGGACACCAUGGAGAAAUCAGAAAGUCUAAUGUAAUUUUGUUGCUGUAGUAAUUUCAUAAAAGAUUAUGGAAUUCAGACUGCCUUUUUGAAUGUUUUUAAAGAUAAGCAUUCUUUACUAAAAUAAAAAUUAUAUGUCAUUUUUUAGUUAAAAAAUACAAGUCAGCCGGAUGGUGGUGGCGCAAGCCUUUAAUCCCAGCACUCGGGAGGCAGAGGCAAACGGAUCUCUGUGAGUUCGAGGCCAGCCUGGUCUACAAAGCUACCUGUCUUGAAAAACCAAAAAUAAAAUGCGAAUCAGAUAGAUAUUGAGAGAGUUGAUUAAUUCCCUAGUGUCCAGAAAGUGAAUCAUCUUUCCUUAUAGAAAGAUGAUUUUAAAAGAAUCUGUUCAGUGUUCAAAUUGGAUGUAAAUCAGACCAUUAUGGAAAGUCAGAACAAGAAAAUUAGUGCCAGAAGAGAUAUGUAAUGUAUAUUUUUGCAUUGAAUUUUGGAAAAGAGUGUGAUAUUUUAAAAUACACCCCAUGAAAUCAACCAGUGACCAAAAAUUUCCCAUUGGCACUGCCCUUAACCAGAAUAGUGUACUGGAAGUCACCAGCAGUGACCUUUGCAGUUGCACACACUAUCUGCAAGAAAAAAACUUCCUCUGUUAAACAAAACACCUCUAGAAGAGGAAAAUGGAACCAAGAAAACACUGAUAAAUGCAGCGAAACUUCUGCUGCAUCAAAUAACAGAUACUGACCAGGGCAAAUGUGUUUUUCUGCCACAUGUUGGUUAAAAAAAAAUACCUAACAGUUGACUUGAAAUGUUGUGCUCUGAGCCAAAGUUAAAUUCCUUGUACAAAUUCUUUUUCAUAGUAUCUUAUUCAGUUAUGUACGGUACACAUUUUCCACUAGUUCCUCAGAGCCUGGAACUUUCUUGCUGUAGGUGGUUUAGAGACAGUUUUCAGGGAAGUUCCUUCACUUUUACAAAGUCCCUUCAGUAGUAGGAUCAUCAGUGCAUGUAAAAGAACCAUACUUUAACCGAGGACAUUAUGUUCGUUAAUGAAGGUAAUUUAGUUAGAGUCUGACAGCGUAGCCAAUUUAUUUGCUUCUCCUGCACUGACAGAGGAAAACAAAUACAUUUGUUCCUAUAGCCACUUUGAGGUAAGUACAUGUUAGUAAAAUCUUGAUGAUUGGUUCUCAAACUAUAAUGAAAUAAUGAUAGAGAUUGUUCUAUAGGUGAAAAAGCAUCAUAUACCUGAAACAUAAAAAUCUGGGCACUGGAAAACCUAAAAGAUUACUGUGUCAAAUCUGAUGCAGGUCACCUAACACAGUUUUCUCACUGUACCAGAAUCACACAAAUCAUAGUCCACAGACCUACUGUAUGUUUAUCCUAGUAGAGAAAUUAGCUGCCAACAUGCCAAUAUUCUUGCAAGUUUUUGUGGUCAUAACGUUUGUAUGCCUGGCAUGGUUUGUAUUUGUUUUCUAGGCAUUUGAUAAGGUUUUAUAACCAAGGCACUUUAAAAAUUAAAGGUGCAGUUAGAGAAAGAAAGGAAUAAAAACAUUACAGCCUUGGAUGGGUUGUCAGUCACUGUUAUGCAAUACAUCUGGAUUUUCAAGUACUGGCUUUACCUUUUCAUUAUGUAGGCCCAAUAUCCUAACUGAAUCACUUGCAGCUUUCUGAAUAACUCAUCCUGGUUGGUCUUUUUGUUGUUUCACUUCCUAAUUUCCCCCCUGUAUUUCUACCUGUUCUUGGUAUAUGUAAGUAAAUAUGCUCUGGACUUGAGGGGGGAAACAUUUGAUAGAAAUAGACAUCUUAUAGACAGAAUAUCUUAUUUUAUGGGGGAAAAUUAUACUGAUUAAUAUGAACUUUUGUGUUACUACAUUGCUUUGUAAUAGUUGCCCAUGAAACUUAUAAAAUUUAAAAAUGUCAAAUUUUCAUUGACCUCCAUCUGAGGAUUUCUUCUUUUUUAUUUCUAAAUGUUUUAUAGAAUUAAAACACUUUAAAGUUAAAAGAUGUGGAAGAAAUCCUCACUUAUAAAUUGAUUCCAGCAAUAUGAGGCCCAGGAACAUGUGUAAAUAUGUUUAUACAUUUAAUAAAAUUAAUUGUACAUAAAAGCUUAUACUAAAUUAUUUCACGAGUUUGAAAAUGCUUUUAAAGACUUUUAUUCCAAUGCUUAGAGCUGUAAUGGGAAAACACCAUCAUUUUUUGUAACAAUACAAUGAUCUUUUUGCUUUGGAGAUGAA